AUGGGUUCUCUUUCCCCUCAAUCACCUUCCCAAUCAUCACAACAAAAUCCUCCCUCAAAUUGUGGCAUAUUUGCAUCAUUUUGCUCUAGAGAUGCAUCACCUAAUAGUAAAACCAACAUUUCCAACUGGAUAGAGUGUUACAAUCCAUCAAUCAAUGCCUGGCACCAUGUUACAAGAAUUCCAGGACUUAUUGAGAAUCAUGCGCUAAAGGAUUUCUCUAUGGUCUCCAUUGGUAACUCGAUUUAUAUAAUUGGUGGUCGGCUUUGUAAUAAGUUACCUGGCCAUGUCCAAGAUGAAGUAGACCUUGAAGUGCGAUCAUCAGUAUUACGUUAUAGUAUACGCGACAAGGAAUGGUAUAAGUGUGCCUCACUAAAAACUCCAAGGUUUGAUUUUGCAUGUACUGUAAGUGACAAUAAAAUCUAUGUUGCUGGGGGUAAGUGCAUGCUGACAUGUCCACGUGGAAUUUCAUCGGCUGAGGUGUAUGAUCCAGCAUUGGAUGAGUGGAAAACACUGCCUAAAAUGAGUUCAUUGAGGCACAAAUGUGUAGGAGUAACAUGGCAAGGGAAAAUCUAUGUGAUGGGAGGUUUUGCUGAGAGAGGGGACUCGAAUAAUACAGAAGGGCCUUGGCACACAUUGGAACGGAGUUCUGCUGAAGUGUAUGAUUCAGAGAGUGACAAGUGGGACCUUAUGUUGGGGAUGUGGCAACUAGACGUUCCACCUAAUCAAAUAGUAGCUGUGAAUGGCAAUUUAUUUAGCUCCGGGGAUUGCUUAAAUGCUUGGAAGGGUCAUAUUGAGGCUUAUGAUGGGAAACUCAAUAUUUGGAAUGAGGUUGAUGGAUCACAUUUGGAAACUCUAUCCUCUCCUGUUUCCACAUCAGAUGCCACAGAGGCAAACUGGCCACCCAUCCAACGGCUUUACCUCAGCAUGGCACCCAUUGGGACCCAUUUAUACUUCUUAGCAGGUUAUAGGAUGCCAGGUGAGAAAUCAAGAUCAAUGUCAGUUGUCCAUGUGUUUGACACAUCAGCAAACAAAUAUGGGUGGAGGAGCUUUGAACCUAUGGAGGAAGAAGGAGAAAAAGAACUCUGUAGUCAUUGCUGUGUAGCUAUACAGACCUUAUAGAGUGACCUAUAUCUGGAACUCUUAUCCUACAUAUUUUACUACUCCCAUUAUGAUACUGUUGUAAAACA